AUGAGCGGCAACUCCAAAGUUGGGGACAGGACCGUGUAUGAAGCUGGCGAUCAGCGAAACUACAAAAACAGUGAGAUUCGGGACGCCGCCCGCUACCAUGAAUGGAAGCCAAACAGCAACCUCAAAAAUGAUUCAAAUGCCGAACGAUCAAUUUCCAAUCGCAUGGCCCGCGAAGAUGCGCGUAAGGGUGAGAAAGCUCCCAAGGACCUAGACUCCGAGCGGACACAGAUGAAUUCGACGCUUCCGGCUCGGGCCCAUGGGAACGAACCGAGCCGAGGUGCCCAAAUCGAUCAAUCGCUUCGCGAGGAGGAGGAAGACGAAUUGCGGAGGAAAGGCUAG